AUGGCACAGAGAUCCACUUCCUUGGCUUUCAAGGUCCGUAGGUGUGAACCAGAGCUGGUGGUCCCGGCUAAGCCCACCCCUCAUGAGUAUAAGCCAUUGUCGGACAUUGAUGAUCGAGAAGGUCAUCGAUUUGAAUAUCCCGUAAUCCAAUUUUAUCGAUACAGCCCUUCCAUGCAAGGGAGGGACCCUGCUAGGGUUAUCAGAGAUGCACUUGCAAAAACUCUAGUGUUUUAUUAUCCAUAUGCUGGUAGGUUAAGAGAAGGGCCUAAUCGUAAGCUCACCGUGGACUGUACCGGCGAGGGCGUGUUGUUUAGCGAGGGCGAUGCCGAUGUUACACUCGAGCAGUUUGGUGAGGAGCUUCAACCACCAUUUCCAUGCAUGGAGGAGCUUCUCUAUGAUGUUCCAGGUUAUGGUGGAGUGCUAAACUGUCCAUUGCUUUUAAUACAGGUAACACGAUUGAAAUGCGGGGGUUUCAUCUUUGCCCUACGCCACAACCACACUAUGAGCGAUGCUAUUGGCUUGGUGCAAUUCAUGUCGGCAAUGGGCGAGAUGGCACGAGGUGCACUUGCUCCCACAAUCUUACCCGUUUGGGAAAGACAUCUCCUAAAUGCUCGAAACCCACCUCGAACUACAUGUACGCACCAUGAGUUUGAACAAGUGAUCCAUACCAAUGCCAACAUAAUCACUCAAUUGGACAACAUGGUUCAUCGCUCUUUUUUCUUUGGACCCAAACAAGUCUCAGCUCUACGCAGAUUUGUUCCUCCGCACCGCCGAUGUUCAACUUUUGACAUCAUAGCCGCAUGCUUAUGGCGAUGUCAUACCAUAGCCUUGCAACUUGACCCGAAUGAAGAUGUUGGCAUUAUUUGCGUUGUCAAUGCACGUUCCACGUUUAAUCCUCCGUUACCCUUAGGAUACUAUGGCAAUGCAAUUGCGGGUAUGAGUGAGGUAUCAAAAAGUCAGGUCGGUUCGAGGCAAGUAAAGAACCACCCACAUUGCUAUGCUUAA